AAAAUUCUGUUUGGAUAGGGGCGUUAGACUUAGGAAUAAUUAAAAAAUGAAAAAAUAAAUUGUGAAAAACGUAAGAAAAUUGAUCCAUUCCCCUUCACCAUUAAAAGGGGCUCUUCCCCUUCACAUUUCCUCACACAUACAACUUCCUAUUCAUUCUUCAACAAUUUUUCAAAGGAACUUCUUUAAAAUUUGUAUGGCAGUUAAAUUGCAGAUUCAAGGCCUGGCGAGCUUCGGUAAGCUUUUGGCUGCGCAGUUGCGCUCUCAAGAUCCAGUCGUCAUCUCUGCACUAUCUCUCAGGAGGGCCGUGCACGUUUCUGCCUAUGAAAAGAACGAAGAAGAUGAUCAUGUCCGGCCCACCGUGGUCCCGGAUCACGUGAUCCCAACCCGGCCCAACAAUUAUUGGGCUCCUCACCCUCAGACAGGGGUUUUUGGCCCAGUAACCAAUGAAAAGCCAGCUUCUGGUGGAGAAUCCGAUUUGCAUACGAAUGCCAGUUCAGAUUCCGUUUUGGAGGAGAAAGCGUUCUUCCGACCUAUGGAGGACUUGGAAAAGCCAGUGGCACAUUAAUUGAGCUGUGGAACCAAAUUACCGGCGGCCUAUAUAUAAUAAUAAGACCUUAUGAGUGCUGUGGUGCAAUUAGGUGAUAAUAAGACUUGUUAUAAUCUAUUACUAUAUAAUACGGAGAAGAAAAAAUGUUUGAAAAAAUAUUUCAAAUUCCCGCUUAAAAAACUAUUUUUCCCCCUUAAAUUUAAUUUGAAUUUUUUUCAUCCCCUUUUUUUGCCAUGGAUUUCCCUUAUCUACAACAUGAUUAGAUUUCAAAUCUUUUCAGUUCACAUUACAAUUCGAUUUUAAUUCGGGAUUCAAAAUUUGAUUAGAUUUUUUUUUAAAUAUGUAAAAAAAAAGAGAAUCCCCUCUCUCUCUCUCUCUAUAUAUAU